CUGUCCAUCCCAGAGUGCAAGGCCAUGGAGGAUUACAUCCAGGAGACUCUUAAGCAAGGUUUCAUCCGACCAUCCACCUCCCCGGCAGCCUCGAGUUUCUUCUUUGUGGGCAAGAAGGACGGGGGCUUGAGGCCGUGCAUCGACUAUCGCAUGCUGAACUCCCAGACGGUGAAACUACCAUACCCACUUCCGCUGGUCCGAGCCACCCUGGAGGAACUCCGUGGAGCUCGCCUCUUCUCCAAACUGGACCUGCAGAGCGUGUACAACCUUGUUCGAAUCAGGGAGGGCGACGAGUGGAAGACGGCGUUCAUUACCCCCGCAGGCCACUAUGAAUAUCGGGUCAUGCCGUAUGGCCUUUCAAACUCCCUGUCCAUCUUACAAAGCUUCAUGAAUGAGGUGUUCCGGGAGUUCCUCAGGGUAUCCAGAUGGACCAGGAGAAGGUUAAGGCCAUCAGGGAAUGGCCGCUUCCACAGUCGGUGA